AUGGUCAAUCUAGAUACUGCGGAGUUUAUAUCUGUAGUGCAGGCCCUUAAAGGUGGCCUUCAUCCUCAGAGGGAAUUUGAAGCUUUACUGUGGAAAUUUUUUUUCAUCAUUGUAAUGUUUGUAUAUAAAGAAAUGGUAAAAUCGGGGAUUCUUCCAGAUGUUGUCACAUUAAAUUAUCUUAUAAAGGGCCCAAUUUCACAUAAUGUAUUUCAGCAGAUGCUCGAGUCUGGUUGCACUCAUCUUCCGAACUUUUAUUAUAAUGUUAUGCCUCUUCUUUGCAGCAUCAACAGAUUUGAGGAAGGCAUUAAAUUGUUAAGGAUGAAGGGAAAUAUAAAGGGUGAUCAAGAUUUAUAUUUGUAUAAACAUUUAAUCCAAUGUUUAUGUAACAACCGACAACUUGAGACUGCAAGAGAAUUUCUUCAAGAAAUAAAAAACUGGGGAUUUACUCCUCUAACUGUUACAUACACAGAUGUUGUCAAUGGGCUUUGCAAAUUUGUGAAGUUGAAUGAGGCUAUGACCUUCUUAGAUAGGAAGGACGUUGUGCAAGUUGAACCUUAUAAUGCCUUGCUCAAGGGUCUCUGCAAUGCUAGUAGAUAUCAAGAGGCAGCUAUAUAUCAUUACAAAAUGAUCAAACCAUUACAAAAUGGGUACUAG